ACCAACUCGUUGGGGAAAUGAGUAACGAACCGCCAUGGAGGUCAUUUCAUAGGUUCGAUUAACUUCUGUUUGGUUGCUGAGAAACUGAAGGAAAUUUAAGAACAUCAAUCGGCAUUCAUUUCGAGUUCAGUGUGAAGUUUCUACUUUAACAAGUUGAAUUUCAUUGUUUGAUCAAUGGACGCAACUGAAAAAGCUGAAGAAACGGUCUCUAAUGAAAGUCCACAUUUGGCUGGAACUGUUAACUGGGGCACAGCAACUGUUGUUGGAGUGUUUGCAGGCAUGUUAUAUGGUGGCAGCAAGGAGGCAGCUGCAUCAGUGAGCAAGGAUGCAGAAGUAAUGUUGAAGCUUGGGAGCACUCCAGACAAGCGUGAACAAUAUCGAUUGAUGAGAGAUGCAAUGGAGAAGAGGUUUGUCCGAGUUACUCGUGGUUCAAUAGUUGGUGGAGUGCGCCUUGGGAUGUUCACUGCUGCAUUUUAUGGUUUACAAAAUCUGCUGGCUGAGAAACGUGGUGUGCAUGAUGUUUUCAAUGUUGUAGGAGCUGGCUCAGCUACUGCUGCUACAUUUGGUUUAAUUUUGCCUGGAUCUCUCCGAUGGCGUCUGAGGAAUGUGCUGCUGGGAUCAGCUCUGGGUGCAGCGUUUUGUUUACCUCUUGGGUGGAUUCACUUGAAGCUUAUAGAGAAAGCAAAUGAAGGAAAUCCUGAUUUGAGUGGGAGUGGAGACGCAAAGAGUGGUGUUGGCGCUGCAAUUGAGAGGCUUGAAGGAAAUCUGAAAGCCGAAUCUAAAGCUGGGUGACUUUUAAAAGCUCCA